UUGUGCACCAGCUGCAAAAGGCUCCAGCUGUCUUGCCUCCUACACACACUCAGGUGUCAGAAAGACAUGGGUAACUCAACAGGAUGCACCGUGGACGACCUGCAGGCGGUGGAGAUGCACCUCUGGUACAAGAAGUUCAUGACCGAGUGCCCCUCGGGUCAGCUCACCCUGCACGAGUUCAAGCAGUUCUUCGGGCUGCGAGGGUUGGACCCCGAGGCCAACGCCUACAUAGAGCAGAUGUUCCGCACGUUUGACAUGAACAAGGACGGCUACAUAGACUUCAUGGAAUAUGUGGCCGCGCUCAGUCUGGUGAUGCGAGGAAAGAUGGAGCACAAGCUGCGCUGGUAUUUCAAACUUUAUGAUGUGGAUGGCAACGGCUGCAUUGACCGACAUGAGCUCCUUAACAUCAUAAAGGCCAUCCGUGCAAUCAAUGGAAAUGAAAAUCAGGACUUAUCUGCUGAGGAGUUCACUAACCGAGUGUUUGACAGAAUUGAUAUAAAUGGAGAUGGCGAGCUUUCCUUGGAAGAGUUUGUGGCCGGUGCUCGCACUGAUGAGGAUUUCAUGGAGGUGAUGAUGAAAAGUCUGGACCUCAGCCACAUUGUUGCCAUGAUCCACAACAGGAGGCACAGCGUUUAGGACCUGCCCAGCCGACUGCCUCAUCCUCAUUCAUGAUAUAAACCAUGAGCUCAGUGUUGCCUCUGGUAAAAAAAGUAAUUUAUAGACUAAGAUUUCUAUUGAGAUUAAAUCCAGUUUAAUAUAAUGCCAGUGUACCGCAAACACUGACAUUUCUUAUUUUUAAUCUCUGAAAGAGAGACACACAUGCACUUUCAAUGCAUUUGGAUGACUCAGUCAACCUUUGCAAACUGGUCAUUGUAUUUGUUUAAUGCUGCUGAGCUCUCCCAAGGGCACCUUGGCAUAGGGAUGAUCUCUCAGACAGUCCACCUACCCACAGAUACCCAGAGGAAUAAAAGAGGGAGAUAGUGAAGUAGAGUGGCAAUUAUAUGCACUCAAUGCUUUCCCAGUCUUUUUUUUUCUCCUUGGUCUGAGUUCCUCUGCAUCAAAUUACUCAACUUUCUGUUUACCCGUUCUUGCCUGUGGGGUUUACGGGAGGAGGUUAUGACUCCACAGUGUGCUUAAAAUCUAUGCUAAUUUGAAGUUAAAUCUGUAAUACAGGAACAAGUAGGGUGCAGAUACAAUUUUCUAAUGUUUACCUUUUUUAAAAAAUGUUUUUAACAUUUUUUUUACCUUUUGAAAAAAUUCAAAUUGAAGCAAAAGACAAAACACUGGCUUGAGGUUUUUUAGCAACUUUGUGAGUGGGUGUUUCUUUGGCUGUGUGAUCUGCUGCCUGUUCAGCAUAAAUACAGAUAUAGUUCACCGUUUCUUGUUUGUUGGCGAUGUUUGACUGGUGCCUUCUGUUGGAAGAUGGCAGUAAGUGUUUUUUCAGCUUUUGCU